AUGCGCCGAACACAAACUGUUGAGACCCUGGGUUUUCCCGUUCUGACGGGCGGCGCGGAGCUGGGUGCGAGGCUCUGGCGGUACCGAGCGCUGCCGCCGUGCCCGUCACGUUCCGGGCCCCGGAGCGGAUCGCUCCCGCUCGGCCCGGGGACCGAGGGGCACCAAGGCUGGAACAGGCGGGGACCGAGCGGGGAUCGAGGGGGGGAACGAGACGGGACCGAAGGAGGGAGCGAGGCCCGGCCGGCUCCGCCGCCCCCGGGCCGGCCCCGCCCCGCCUGUCGGGUGCCGCGGUUGCCCGGGCGAGAACUGAACUCGCAGAGCUUUGCUCGGGCCCUGCGAGCCGAUGCUGAAUUAGGUUUGAAGCUGACCCCCUCUACCUUCCUAAAGGAGAAGUUUUUCAAGAGGAAGGAGCAUGCCAGAAAUGGAGGGAGUUUUCUGCCCAAAAUUCACCCAUUGGUGGAUGUGGGUAAGACUGGUCAAAAGUUGUUGCCAGUUGCCCCGAAAGAGACCUUUAUUCAGGUUUCCCCACCAGAGAUGGUAUUUCAGAACUCCGUCGCUCAUGAGGUCUCGGAAAUGGUACUGUCUCUCAUAAACAAGGACAAGUUUCCACGGCUGGUGCAGGUCUACAUGGAGAGAUCACCUUAUUUCGAGCUGUUGUGCCCCAAUGAUGCAUACCACAUCAUCCCACCAGGCACAUCUUCCCAUGUGCGCAUCCGCUUCACCCCCGACGAGACCAAGGAUUAUUCCCACGAACUCAUCUGUCUCACUGCAAGGGACAGGAUAGUUGUGCCUAUUCAGGCCAUUGCUGCCCAAGCUAUCCUGGACUUCCCUGACCAGCUGGACUUCUCAGAGUGCCCAGUCAAGUACAGCAGCCAGAAGACUCUGCUGGUUCGCAAUGUUGGUAACGUGGAAGCUCAUUACCAGCUGAGCACCCAGAGUCCUUUCUGCGUGGUUCCAGACAGGGGAACUCUGGCCGCUGGUGACACCAUGCAGGUGACAGUGGGAUUUCACCCGCUGACGGUUGGUGACCAUUCCGGGUCCCUGGUAGUGUGCUGCAACACAGGUGAGUGUAUCUGCACAAACCUUCACGGAGAAGCUGUAGAUGUCAACGUUGGGUUGAGCGCCAAUUCCGUGAAGGUUGAGAACACUUUCAUCACCACAUCAAACUACACAACCGUGCUCAUCGAAAACAGGAGUAACAUCACAGCCCACUUCCAGUGGAAGACUUUUCCUACUGAGGAAGAUGAGAAUAAACUGAAGAGGAGGAAGUGCUAUUUUCUGCAACCAUGGAACGAGCUGUGGCUGGAAAGAUUCAUGAAGGAUAAAAAAAUAGAGCAGGAGAAGGGCUAUUGUGAAGAUAACACUGCCCUCAUGAGCCAUAUGGUCCAGGAGGAGAUGGCAAAGGUGCAAGAAGACCCCAUGCUGUUCUCCGAUGACAUUUUUUCCAUUGAGCCAAUGGAGGGAGAAAUUGGGCCGAACUGUUGCGCCAAAAUCAAGGUGACCUUUAAACCUGUAGAAGCACUGGAGUAUCGAAGUGUGGCUUACUGCAACAUCUCAGGCCGAGAGAGCAGGCUGCCCCUGCACCUCAUAGGGGAAGGCCAAGAACUUUUGGUUGAAUUCAGCUCUCAUACACUGAACGUUGGGAAGAUUUUAGUCGACACCCCCCACGUCUAUGAGGUGAAACUGAUUAACCAAGCACCUAUUGAUGCUCCCUUCACCUAUAUACCUUCAACCACAACCGUGGGCUACUGCUUCAAGUUUGCACCUGAGGAGGGCAUCAUUGCACCAGGUGGGAUCCAGACCAUCCAAAUUUCCUUCAGUGCCACCGUACUGGGGAGGUUUGAGGAAGAAUUCCAGUUCAUUGUGGCUGGAUCUCCUACACCUGCAAUUCUGACAAUCAAGGGACAUGUCUGUGAACCGACUGUACACUUCAACGUCGAUGAGCUCGACUUCGGUGACAUUUCCUUUGGCUUUCCCUACACCAUGACCUGUCGCCUCACUAACCCCUCCCCAGUGUCCCAGAGGUUCAAGCUCCGCAUGUCUGACGAUGGCACUCAGCCUGCUGUUAGCAGCUUUGAUCAAAUACACAAGCAUAAUGACCCAUCCUGGAAGCAUGGAAUUCAUUUUUAUGUGGAGCCAAGAGAGUUUACAAUGAAUCCCAGCCAAGGGACCAUCCUUCCCCAGGGACACCAGGAUAUCGAGGUGACCCUGUGUUCCAACACCGUGAUGGAAUUCUACCGGAGAAUGCUGGUGGACCUGGAGGGUAUUGGCAAUGGAGUGGCAUCAGUGACCAUCAUGGCCAGAUGUCUCGUUCCUGAGCUGCGAGUGUACCCUCACGUCCUGCUGUACAAUGAGUGCCGCCUCAAGGUGCCCUACGAGAGGAAGUUCCUCGUUGUGAAUAACACCAACCUUCCUGGCUGCUACGGGCUUAUUCCCCAGAAACGCAAGGAGGACACUCCUGUGUUCUACUCCAGCCCCAAACCCUGUGGGAUUGUCCAGCCUCACAGCAUUGAAGAGAUUCCAGUUAUAAUCGAAGUCCAAACAUUGGGCGAGCAUCGCACCAGUGUUCUUAUCAGCGUGUUUGGGGAUGAGAGAAACCCACGGCAUAUAGUAUUACAGAGCAUUGGAGAGCUGACAGACAUCAAGCUGAGUCCAGGGCUGAUAGAGUUUGGUGUGAUCCCACUGCUACAGCCUAGUUCACAAAUUCUUACCCUCUUCAACAAUGGUCUUAUCCCUGUAGACUUCAGGAUACAGAUGCCUCUGAUCUCUGUGCCGUUGAAGAGCCUCUUUGGGGACCAGCUGCAGAGAAAGGCAGCUCCUCAAUAUGUGGAGGGUUUCAAAUCCCGGUACUUCAGUUUUGAACCCAAAGAAGGAGUGAUCCCUGCUAGGGGCGAGUUUCCUGUGACUGUCACAGCAACCCUGGAUGACACUGGGUUUUUUGAUAACACUAUCCGUGUGUUCAUUCACAACACCUUGUCAUUCAGCGUUCUGGUCCACGCUAUGGGCAUUGGCAGCACAAUUGUCAUAGACAAACCAUUUGUCCCAGAGCUCAACCUGGGAUACCAAUUCAGCCCACCUAAGAAGAAGGGCAAGAGCAUCUCAGCCCUCCGUAGCCCCGAGACUGAAGAUCAUUCUCAGAGCCCCAAAGGCACCAGCCCCGUGUUUGGGCUGGAGCCACUGUCGAUGGAGCUGCAGCCGGGCGAGUCUGUGGACAUGGUGCUGCGAGGCUUCUCCCCCAUCGAGCAGGAGGUGCAGGAUUACGUGAUGUGUAAAACUGUCAUAGAGGUAGCCGGCAGGACAGAGAAGAUAAUAGAAACAACCAUUACCUGCAAGUUUAUUGAUCCCUCUAUAGAAGUAUCAGCGAGACAAUUCUCUUUCCGGGUGGAGAAGAAACCCAGUGAUGAUGUCCUGACUCUGCAGUACAAGCCUUUGGCUUUAAAGAACACCUGCUUGUUGCCACUCGACCUUAUGCUGGACUUGGAGCAGCCGUUUCUGCUCUGCGAUGCGGACCAGCAGCCCCUCCCGGAUGGCCAGCCUGUGCCACUGGAUGUAGGACAGACCUGUCAUCUCUACAUUGCAUUUGACCCAUCUUAUAAACUGGAUUUUCAUAGCUGGAAGGAAGAGAAGGUUCUGAAGAUAAACAUGGUCAAUGGCCAUCCUUAUGUGGAGUGUAUCACCCUUCAAGGAGAAGUCCACUUCCCCAGUCUCCAAAUCCAGCGCAGCACCCUGGAGUUUGGCUGCAUCCCAGCUGGCACUGAAGAAGUGCGUUCUCUGGAGAUAACCAACUGCAGCCCACUGCCUGUCCAGUACCACUGGUCAUUCCAUUCAGACAGCCAGGUGAACAGGCUGAGACAUGAGUGUUACCCACCUAAGUUCAAACCCCAACCACCAAAGGAGAAGAGAACCUGCUUGGAUUACUCGGCAUCUCAAAGGAGAUGCUUCAAGAUGACAAAGAUGAAGAAGACAGCCUCACCCCUGAAAGAAGAGCAGGAUCUUCGCCAAUCUUUAGGAGCAGAGGAGUUGAAGGAAUUCAAGUUAUCCAUGGACGUACCUCAUACUCCCCUCAAAGUGGAGAAUUCUCUCCUCAACCAGGUUUUUGAUAUCUGGCCACUGUGGGGUAAGCUGCAGCCGGGAGAGAAACAGAAGGUCUCCUUCAGCUUCUUUGGCCACGUCAACACCAUCGCCAGUGUAACGGCGCUGUGCCACGUGAAGGGAGGCCCCACCUACGAGGUGGAGCUGACCGGGGAGGCCUCACGCAUCAGCUACUCCCUGAGCCACCAGGAGAUCAACUGCGGCUUUCAGAUAUUUAAUGAAAUUUGUCACAGCACAGUCACCCUGGCGAACACUGGCAAGAUUAAAUUCAACUGGGUGCUAAAUCCUAGCACUGCAGAGCAACAUCUGCCUGGCGUGUUUCUGGUCAUCCCCCCCACUGGCUCCGUUGCACCUGGUGAGAAGCAAGUGCUGAAAUUCUCUUACAUGCCAGGAGUACCAGGAGCCUUCAGCAGGACUUUCCAGCUUAAAGUGGCAGAACUGGACCCAGAGAAUAUCUGCCUGAAAGGAGAAGCAUCCUUUCCCAUGAUCAGUGUGAACCUGCCCUGGAACACCAAAGGAAAUGAAAAAAAUGAAAAGCUCCUAAGACCCCUGCAACAAUACAGUCAGCGGAAUCAAUCAGUUAUUAAGAAGAUGACUCAGAGCCCCAAGACGGUGAAUUCUCAGACCCCAAAGACUAAGACCUUGAAAACACAGACCCCAAAGACCCAGACCUUGAAGACUCAGAAACAGAAGCCCGGACUGCUUGACUCUGGCAUGUCAAACGCUCAGCUGCAGAUAGAGAUGGUGACAAAGCUGAUAAAGAAGCCUGCUCUGGAGCUGCAGGAAAAGCUUCCAUCCCAUCCCCCAAACAGCAGGUUCCCUGACAAAAAGCUGUGCCAGAGUCUUGUCAAAGCUGGGAAUAGCCUGGACUUCAGACAGGAUGUGGUCCUGGUGGCUGUGACACUCUCCAUCAUCAUGAUGCAGCACAAGCAUGGGAGGCUUCAGUUCAGGAAGAAGAUGCUCUGCAGAACAGAUCAUGUGAUCUGGUUGCAGAGCAGUGAAGACUUCCUAGUUGAGCUGCCCGAAUAUGUCCUGGACAUGGGCACUGUACGUAAGGGUUACACUGAGAGACGCACUCUGGUGAUCACCAACCCUGGGCAGAUCCCAGUGUCCUUCCAGGUCGAUGUAUCUGCCCUGCAGAACACAGGUUUCAGAGUGAAUCUGGACCAGAUGCAGGGCCUGCCCCACAACCAGACCAGAAUGCUUGAAGUGUGCUUUGAAAGCACCCGCUGGCUACGGGGUGACGUGGAUGUGCUGCUGCCCAUAGAGGUGGCAAAAGGCCCCACGUAUAACAUCCACCUCCAUGCCACUGUGUUGGGACUGUCGCUCAACCUCUCCAAGAACACACUACAGUUCUCUGAUAUCCAUGUUGGGCAGUGCCAGAUUGAGACAGUCCAGCUCUACAACUGGUUCCGUGUACCCUGCGAGUGGUUCAUUACUGCCAUCAAGCCUGUCAGGAAGGUAAAGCACAGGCGACAUCGAACAUGUAACUUCUUGGACAAUCAACGCAAAUGCAUUAUACCAGCCAUGCGUCAGAAGCAGCAGGUGCUGGAGGAUGAGCCCUGUCCCUUUGAAGUGACGCCCUCCAAAGGAACCCUCAAUCCAGGAAGGUGGCAGAACUUACAAAUCCAGUUUACACCCAAGCAGGAGAGGUCUUACAAGAAUGAGCUGAAGCUUAACAUUUGUGGAAGCAUCAAUCACUUAAAGCUGCACCUCUCAGGACAAGGUCUAGAGCCACGGUUGGAGUUUAGCCCCCCAGCACUCAGGAUGGGAUGGGUGCUGGUGGACAGUGAUGGGGUGGAUGCCACAGUGGUGGUGAAGAACCCAUGCAACUUCCCUGUUGAGUUUUACUCACUGGAUUUUGAUGAGCAGUACCUUGAGGAGGAGAAGAUCCUGCGGAUAGCAGUGGGGUCUGAGUACCAAAAGAACUUCCUAAUUCCUCCACGCACCGUGGGUGGGACGCUGCCCUCAGAGGUGCUGGAGUACUAUGAAGCACAGAAGAGGCUGAAAGCUCAACAGGCAGAGCUGAAGGCUAGGGAAGAGGCCAAGGCAAUGGACAAGGCAGUACCAGCAUAUCAUGGGGCUGUCACACCCUCUCCUGAGCCCAUGGUGGAAGUGACUGGGAGCCCUAUCUCUCAGGCUGUCAUGCGCCACCUGGGCAUCGACCCAUCUUCAGAGAGUUGUGAAGCACAGCAGGACAGAGGGAUUGUUGUUAUUGUCCAUGGGCCACCCCGGGCAGGUUCUUCCAAGGCCUGUCCCUGUAAUGCCUCGUAUGCAAGUGUCACCAAGCAGUCCUCCUCUCUCUCAGGAAAGACAGAGAUAGUGGCGGCCCUGUGUCACUAUUAUGACACUGCUCACUUGUCCAUUGACACCAUGGUGAAAGAGGCCAUCGCCAAUGAUCAGAGCCAAGCAGGGCGCCGCGCCCGGGAGCUUUGCACCAAGGCUGCCAUGGAGCUGAAAGGCGAAGACCAAGAUGAUGCUGGUAAAAAGCUUACUGCUCGGACCAAGAAUAAACAAGCCUCUGGAGAAAAAAUCAUCAAGAAAAAUGCCAAAGGCAAGAACAUUCCAGCACAAAAGAAAAAGGAGCCAGCCAGCAAAUCCAACAAAAAGCUGAACAUCGUCAGCAGUCAUGGGGAAAAGCUGAACUGCUUGAGCUGUGUGCUGCCCGAGGACCUGCUGGUGGACAUCCUAUGUGAGAGGCUGAAGCAUGAAGACUGCUCCAAGGGAGUGGUCUUUGAUGGCUUGGAGAGCCUCUUCACAAGCAGCCUGGAAUCUUCUCUGCUCUGUGUACUCAAAGCUGUUAACAAUCAUCAUCAUAUCUACAUACAGACAAAAGCUUUUCAGAGGAACAUGCAACGUAUCUUGAAAAUGGAUGAGGAUGAGUAUUAUGCCCUCCCUGAGGAGAAGCAAGCUCUAGUGGAUAAAAUAAUACAGGGAAGAAAGCAUCUACGGAGGGAGAGAAAUACAUUCCUGCCUUCAGCUGAAAACAAAGGUCAGAAGACCUAUAAGUCUCAGGAGAAGGUUGAGAAGAAGCCUGAACAAAAAGGUGGAGGCCAAAGAAGUCUUCAGUCAUCUCAGCUGGAGACACAAAGCGAGGUUGCAGAAGGGGCAGUCAGAGAUGAGCAUGUCAGGGUGCGGUGCUUGGACAUCCAGGUCACAAAUCCGAAGGCCAUGAUUAGGGAGAUCCUGAGGGAUGGGAGGCUGCCAACAAAAGAUGAGAUCAGUGCCUUUAAAGAGGAUGAAGUCAACUACCCAGAGGAGCGGUUGGGUUCUGCAGAGUGUGUGAAGCCCUUCACCAUUGUUGCACCGGAAGGUGCUGCUAUGGAAGACAAUCGGGCCAAGGCCCCAGAUGCCAAGGGCAGUUCUGCCGAGGGCCAACCAAAGACACAUAAAGCAACCAGCAGAGACAACUCUCCAAAGGAGAACCAGAUCUCCACACACAGAACAGAAAGUCCCCAGGAUUCCUCUGCAACCAGAUCCAAAAGUGUGCUGAAAAGAGCCUCAACCCCCACAGAAUUCCACAGGCUGAAACGGUACCGAUGGAUAGUGCCUGACCACGGUGAGGUGGAACUGAAGGUCCACUUCUCCACCAAAAGGCCAGGGAAGUUUGAGCACACACUGAGGUUUGAGCUCGUGGAGACAAAGCGCCAGUACGAGCUGCCCUGCAGUGGCACGGGCGUGUACCCCAGCAUCAGCCAGAACCCGCGGCUGGUGUUUCCACAGUGGAGGGAGACCAUGGAGGCAGAUGAAAUCAUCUUCAAGGAAUAUGUUGAGAGCACAAAGCAAUUCCACUUUGGACCUCUGCUGUGUGGGAAAUCAAGAGAGUGGUACAAGGCCCAGAACUGUUCCAGCAACUCGGAGAAUUUAACCAUCCUCAACAACUCCCCCAUGGAUGUAGAGGUCCAGUUCUCCUUUGAGAAUGAUGGGAAAGCAGAGACAUUCCUUUUGGACCCUCCCAUCAUGACACUAAAACCAAAGGAGAAGCAGGAGCUGACCAUUUGGGCAUACCCCACUUCCCCUGGCUUCCUGGAAGACAAACUCAUCUGCUGCAUUGAGAAGAACCCAGACCCAGUGGUUUUCAGCCUGUGCUGCCAUGGGGUGCACGUGAUGCUGGAGGUCAGCCCCCUGGAGCUGUCUUUUGACAAGCUGCUUCUGCACAGGACUGACAGCAGGACCUUGGUCCUGAAAAACAACACCCUACUGCCCAUGGCCUGGCAGCUCACUGGGCUGGAUGACCUUGUUGAGGCCUUCUCCUUGUCACAAGAUAACGGCAUCAUUGAUCCCUGCUCAGAGUUUGAAGUGACCCUGAAUUUCAAGGCCGAGCAGAUUGGCAGCAUUGAGAAGACCCUGCGACUAGAGGUUUCCGAUACAGAAAACAUCCUGGGGAUUGUUCAGGCUGAAAACAUUGAAAUCUCUGCAGAGGUCUACGACAUUUCUCUGAGUCUUGACAUGCCUGAAGGUCCAGAUGGAAGCUUGGAAUUCGGAACCAUUAAUGUCCUGGAUAAUGUGAAGAAAGUCCUGAGUGUAAAGAACAAAGGGAUGUACAACACUGAGUACCGUUUUGUGCUGAAGAAUGCAGGUCCCAGGAUGCAAGAUUUGGCAUCCCACUUCACUAUUGAGCCUCAGUCGGGCAUGCUGAUUGCCUCCCAGCCUGGUGUGAAUGUUGAGAUGCUCUUCCACCCCACAAGGGAAAUGGUCGUCAAGAACAAACCCAUCCUGUACUGCCAGGUGAUAGAUGCCAGCUCAGGGGAAGGAAGCCAGACUGUUGCCACCAUCCCAGUGAGGGUGUCGGCAAAAGCUGUGUACAGCAAGUACAGUAUUGAGCCUGCCUCACCCAUCAACUUUGGGGCCAUGCUCAAGGGCACCAAGAAGACCCAGACUGUCGUGCUGGAGAACAGAGGCAUGCUCAACUUCAAAUUCCACAUCCUACAAGCACCUGAGGAUGCAUCUGCAUUGGCAAGCAAAAGUUCAAACCAAGGGGAAUUUGCUGCAUUGGCUACAAAGCUGAAAUCGAGCUCCUUGACACAGGGUUACCUCAGUCUUGGCAUGUUCAGGGUGUCCCCCUGCUCUGGCUCUGUUGCUCCAUGGGGCCAGCAGAAGAUCACAGUGGAAUGCCUCGCAGGGCAGGAGGGGACAUAUGAGGAGCAGCUCUACAUUGACAUCACGGGCAGAAACCCCAAGGACAAUCCCCUGGGCAUUCCCUUUACCCUGAUUGCCGAAUCCUGCCUUCCAGGAUUUGUUGAGGAUGUCAUGUUAACCUUUGAGGAGUACCCGAUCUGCAGCAGCACCAACCUCAGCCACAAGCUGCGGUCAGUGAAAGGCACAGGUCUGUUUGUCAGAGAUGAGAACAAAUUCAUCUUCACCAAGGUUCUGGUUGAGCAAGAGGCUGAAGCUAAUUUCAAUAUCUACAAUGCAAGUGGUCUGCCAUGUGAUGUGGUCCUCUCCAUCAAACCCCUGCCUGGAAAGGAAAAAACCCCUAUCAACAACAUUUUCAAAUUGUGUCCAGACAAGAUGUCUGUUCCCGGCUCAUCCAAGGCCGUUGCUACAGUGACCUUCACCCCACCGGAUAAGCAGAACUACAGCUGUACUUUCAAGGCUUCCCUUGUCAUCCCAAAAAGCUCUGUGCAAAUUAAGCCCCAAACCCUGACCUUCACCAUCAGUGGGAAGGGGCAUGAGCCACAGGUGACAGUCGUGUGCCCAAGUGCUCGCAGCAAGAGGGGAAAUGCUGUGCUGCGCUUCAAGAGACUCCGGGUGGGGGAUUCAGAGAUGCUCCCCCUGGUCAUCCGUAACAAUGGCAUCGUACCUGUCAAGUUUAUGUUACACCUGGAGGAUGAGCACAGAGCGUUCUUCUUGAAAGGCAGGGGCUCCACACUUGAGAGAUUCUACACUGAAGAUGUGGAAGAGGACUGCGUUGGAAAUGAGAGCAAGCCCCCAGAGAAGCCUUUCUUCCUUCUGCAUUGUCGGCAAUCAACAGAGUUUGAUGUCAUUUUCAAACCCACCCUGACUCAACGUCUGGAAGGGAAUAUUCAUCUGUUAGUGGAGGACAUCUACUCUAAGAAGACCCUAAUAGAGCUGGUGGGUGAAGGCCACAAGGAUGAAUUCACCCUUGAUGGACUAGAGGAAGACAUAGAGGAGAGGAAUGCUAAGAGCAGUCUGAAGAAAGACAUUAUUUAUGCUGUCAGAUUGAAUCACAUCCAGUUUGGGGACUGUCCUGUCAGGAGGCCCUGCCGCAGGACCUUCACCAUCACCAACCAUACCAGUAUGAAGGUCAUGCGCUUUGAGUGGGAGGCAGACGCCGCAUUCCAGUUCUCCCCCAAGAUGGGACACCUCCAUCCUGGCUGUGCCAAGGACAUCACAGUCACCUUGAAAUCAGAUGUGCCAGCCACCUUCAGGAGGCACCUUGUGAAAUGUAAGGUGACCAGUAUCAACUUUGAGCUGCCACGAAGGAAGGCUCAGGACUGGGACAACCGAAUGUCCAUAGUCACAUGGAAGGAUACCACCAGGAAAGACCCAGAAGCCAGCUGGCCUGAGAAAGAGAAGAUGGUCCAGACAGCCCCAGAACCAGAACCGGCACCAGCUUACACUGUGGAUGAGAGCAUCCAGGAGGCCGAGGUGUACCUCAGUGCCUUUGUUGCCUACACCAAGUUCAAACUGAACACAGGGUUGGUUCAGUUCAAGGACACCUUGCCCAACCAGACAAGGACAGCCACUUUCAGGAUGCGCAACACAGGGAAAGUAGCCCUGGAAUACACCUGGAUGGAAGCUGCAGAUAGUAAAGCAGUCAAGAAGCCAUACUCAACCACUCUGACACGUCAGUUCCUCUCCUCUGCUACUCUAAGGCAUCGCAAAAAGCGGCUACCUCGUUUCUGGUGGCAGCAGGAGCAUCCUUUUGAGAUACAUCCUCCUGAGCUGCAGCAGCAGCAGGAUUCUGAGCAACUGCAGCCUUCUGAGCAGCAGCAGUCUUCUGAAGAGGAGCAGCUGGAUUCCAAGCAGAAGAAGCAUUCCAAGAAGCAGCACCACUACAAGGAUCAACAUGUCUCUGAGCCACAGGAGCAGCCCAAGGAGCAGGAGGAGCAGUCUGAGGAGCAGCAGCCCAAGCAGAAGGACCACGCAGAGAAGCUACGCCGCUCGAAGCAGAAGCACCUCUCUUUGCAGCGUGUCUGUUCCUCUCUGGAAAUCUUUCCAGAUGUCAUCCAUGACUUGCCACUGUUCUCCAUCAACCCCUACCAUGGCAUCAUCCCUCCUGACCAAAAGCAGAUCUUUCACGUGCUGUUCUCCCCGAAGUGCAUGGGGAAGUUUGAGACCACCAUGCUGUGCAGGAUUUCUAACCUGAAGCCAACUCAGAAGAAGGCGCGGGUGAUUGUGAAAGGCAGAGCCCGGGAGCAGAAGAUUCUUGAUAAACCAAAACGCUCUCUGUUACGGAGACAGACAAAGCAUCCAGCAGGAGCCAGCAACAUCGUGUCUUCUGCUGCUGAUGGUCUCCCACCCUUCACCAGAGACCUCUGCAGCUACCCUUGCAAGCUCCAGUGA